GAGUCUGUCACCCAAACGACGAUCAAGCCCUUUUUAUUUCGAGAAAUCGAGAGAAAAGGAAGCCCCACCUCUAAAGCUCAACUGACGGGAAGUGGGGGUGUGCAGCUGAGAGUUCGAGAGCUACCGGACCCCAAAGACAGGGCUGGGCCCUGGCACCUACCUGCGCGCCCCGACCCAACACUUAGGUAACACGGAAAACCUGAGGACCUGGUGGCGUCCAGGAGUGAGGAAGCGGAGAAAGGAUGGGCCAGACCAUGGGAACCCAAAAGCCUCGGAUACUGCCCUGGCUGAUAUCUCAGCUGGACCGAAGGGAGUUGGAGGGCGUGGCCUGGCUGGGCGAGAGCCGCGCGCGUUUCCGCAUCCCUUGGAAGCACGGCUUGCGGCAGGAUGCCCAGCAGGAGGAUUUCGGCAUCUUCCAGGCCUGGGCUGAAGCCAGUGGUGCCUAUACUCCUGGGAAGGAUAAGCCCGACCUGCCCACAUGGAAGAGGAAUUUCCGGUCUGCCCUGAACCGGAAGGAAGUGUUGCGUUUAGCGGAGGACCACAGCAAGGACUCCCAAGACCCGCACAAGAUCUAUGAGUUUGUGAACUCAGGAGUCAGGGACAUCCCUGAGCCAGAUACCGUUCAAGACAAUGGCAGACACAGUACCUCUGAUACCCAGGAAGACAUUGUGCAGAAGUUACUGAGUGACAUGGACUUGAGCCCAGAAGGAGGGCCCUCGAAUCUGACUAUGACCUCUGAGAACCCCCCUCAGCUCUUACUGAGCCCCGAAUCAGACAUCCCUGCUCUUUGCCCAAACUCGGGACUCUCUGAAAACCCCCUGAAGCAGCUGUUGGCAAACGAGGAAGAUUGGGAGUUCGAGGUGACUGCCUUCUACCGGGGCUGCCAAGUCUUCCAGCAGACUGUCUUCUGCCCUGGGGGCCUGCGGCUGGUGGGAUCAGAAGCAGGGGACAGGAUGCUGCCCGGGCAGCCAAUACGACUGCCGGACCCCGCAGCGUCCCUGACAGACAAGAGCGUGACAGACUACGUGCAGCGUGUGCUGAGCUGCCUGGGCGGGGGGCUGGCCCUGUGGCGGGCUGGGCAGUGGCUCUGCGCCCAGAGGCUGGGGCGCUGCCACGUGUACUGGGCCAUAGGCGAGGAACUCCUCCCCAGCUGUGGCCACAAGCCUGAUGGCGAGGUCCCGAAGGACAGGGAAGGAGGUGUGUUCAACCUGGGGCCCUUCAUAACAGAUCUGAUCACCUUCACUGAAGGAAGCAGACGUUCACCACUCUAUACCCUCUGGUUCUGUGUGGGGCAGUCAUGGCCCCAGGACCAGCCAUGGAUCAAGAGGCUUGUGAUGGUCAAGGUUGUCCCCAUGUGCCUCAGGGUUCUUGUAGACAUAGCGCGGCAAGGGGGUGCCUCCUCCCUGGAGAAUACUGUCGACCUGCACAUUUCCAACAGCCAGCCCCUCUCCCUCACCUCAGACCAGUACAUGGCCUAUCUCCAGGACCUGGCCGAGGACAUGGAUUUCUAGGUUGCUGGGGAGGCCUGAGCCCAAGCCCUUCACCUCGACCAGUAAACUGGUUCUGGCCAUGGUCAUCACUGUGUGUCUGGUGUUCAGUGUCCCUGGGCCAGCCCUGACCCAAGCACGGGGUUAUUCCUCCUUAAGGCCUGUUUAUCCGCCCAUGCAAGCCACUCACAUCCUAGGUGCUCACGGCCUAAGGGCCAGGCACUGUGCAGGGGGCAGCUGAUACUUUACCUCUCUUCUUUGGGACCUAGUGAGUCACCCCUGUUUUAGAGACCAAGACACUGAGUCUUGGAGAGGAACAAAGGUCACAAGAUAGGAAAACAAGGCAGGUCAGAAUCCAGGUCUCAUUCUUAAAAUGGCUGCUCUUUGAGGGUGGCCUUUGGGCUCAACUUGCAACGUCCAUCUUGCCUAUAAACAGUUCAAGCCAACGGCCAGAUGCAGAGACUCUGUCAAGAGCCUCGGGUGCCGCUCUCAACUCCUGCUGGGUGACCCCAGGCCAGUCCUUUCCCUUUCUGGGCCCGGGGCUCCCUCCGUGUGGGCCUUCAAGGGCCGGCUGUAAAGAAGUUCUGACCCACCCCCAUGGGCUGGAUGCCCCCACCUCACCUCACCUCAUCACUCCUGGUUCUGGGUAACAGGGACUGAUGGAUGGGGGAGAACAGAUACACGUGUACGUAUGGCUGAGUCCCUCUGCUGCCCACUUGAAACUAUGCCAACAUUGUUAAUCGGCUAUACUACAAUACAAAAUAA